AUGGCUCCCGCUAUUGAAGCAGCAGAGAAGGUCAAGGUGGCAAGCGCACCUGUUAAGGCUCCUGUUCUUAAUGAAAGAACACUAUCAUCCAUGACCCGGAGACCUGGUUCAGCGCAUUCUUGGCAUGAUCUUGAAAUAGGCCCUGAUGCACCAACUAUCUUCAACUGUGUCAUUGAGAUACCUAGGGGCAGCAAGGUUAAAUAUGAACUUGACAAGAAAACUGGACUGAUAAUGGUGGACCGCGUGCUUUAUUCAUCAGUGGUGUACCCUCACAACUAUGGAUUCAUUCCCCGCACACUGUGCGAUGACAGUGAUCCGAUGGAUGUGCUAGUUAUUAUGCAGGUAUGUCUUACUACUUCCCUUUUGUGGUGUACCCUCACCAAAUGGGUAGAAGGCCGUUGUACUUCCUACUGUAGAGUCUGUUGGUUGGUUGUAGAACAUUACCAAUCUGCAUUCGCAAAUCUUUGUAAUUUGUUGAUACAGGAGCCAGUUGUGCCGGGCUGUUUCCUCCGUGCAAAGGCGAUCGGCCUCAUGCCUAUGAUUGACCAGGGAGAAGCAGAUGAUAAGAUCAUUGCAGUGUGCGCUGACGACCCUGAAUACAAGCAUUUCAAUGAUAUCAAGGAGCUCCCACCUCACCGGUUGGCUGAAAUCAGACGCUUCUUUGAGGACUGUAUCCUUGUUGAUCAACUUAUAUUCUCUCACCUUUUCAAUGAAAUGAAACGCAAAGAGUCCUUUGCGUUUUCUCGAGAAAAAAAAAACUUAUAUUCAGAUAUGAAUAGCAAGUAUUCCACAAAACAAAAAGUUUGCUUAUUUUGGUUUUACUUGCAGAAAAGAGCCCCCUAA